UACCAGCAGGUGGGACUGUAGUCAAUUCUUGUUGGAUUUAAAUUCGAAUGAAAAAUUGUUUACCAUUCAGUCAUUCGGUAUGCCGAUUCACGAUCAACUUCGUGUGAACGAACGAUAAUGUUUCUUAACUUAAUCCUGAGAUAAUGUUACCACGGUAAAUAUAUCGAUGUAACGUGUCUGCUUCAAAAUGAGCGGAACGACAAUAGGCUCAUUUGGGGAGCAGACCUUGGAUGCAUUAUUAGAAGCCGAAUGUUGCAGCAAUACAAAGAAUAAUACCGUAAAUAAGAAAGGAGCGGAUAAUUUACGCAACUGUAAACCAUUUUUUAUUCGUCUUCAAGAAAUAAAAGAGAAUUUGACUGAUAGUCGUUUAAAAAACAAUCAUCCGCCUUGCAAAAACUACUCUGCAAAAUUGGUGACAAAUGAUGAUACCAAUAUUGAGAAAUAUUUUCAAGAAAGUAUACUUUUAUCCAAAACUGACACUUCAGGUUUACCAAGUAAAAUAAUUUGUGGAAACGAUAAUGUUAAGUCAAAGAAAAAUAAUGAAAUUGAUUUGAUUGAAGACGCAAGUGGUAAUAAUAAAUUUUUAUACGACCAGAAAGGUCAAAGUUCCAGAAAAGAAUCUGUUGGAGUAUCUUUAUCCAAACAAGAUCUUGUCAAGUUAUCUGAAGAAUUUCUCAUAGUCGAAAGUUCAGCUGACGAGAAGUCAAACAAUAAUUCACGUGCAGUUACCAACGUGAGAGGCUUGCGGAAAAAAUGUAUCUCAAAUAACACAGCAUUGAAUGACGUUAAUUUUAUACAUUCAUCAUCCAAUGACAAAAUUGUAAAUAAUAAUCUAGUAAACAUGGUCAACAAGAAGACCCAAGAUGUGCAGAUUGAAAAAAGAACUCAAAGUGGGCAACUCAAUGACUUGUUACAAGUAUGUGCACAACCAGUAAAUAAUGAUUUAAAUUCGAUACCUGAGUCAGUCAGCGAAUACUCCAUAGUUAACACACAGUAUCGUUGCAAAUUAUCUGCAUGGGGAUUGCCACCAGAUAUUCUCCAGAAAUAUGAAUUGAGAGGCAUGACAAAGAUGUUUCCCUGGCAAGUGGAAUGUUUAUCCAAUUACCGAGUGCUCGAGGAAAACAAGAACUUAGUUUAUUCCGCACCAACAUCAGCAGGGAAGACUUUUGUUGCAGAAAUGCUUGUCAUAAAAACGGUCUUAGAACGGCAAAAGAAAGUAAUUUUCAUCCUACCAUUUGUCUCAGUGGUUCGAGAGAAAAUGUUUUACUUUCAAGAUUUGCUAUCGAGCAGUGGAAUUCGAGUUGAAGGUUUCAUGGGAGGUAUUGCUCCAGCAGGAGGGCUGGCUGCUGCCCAUAUAGCAAUAGCAACCAUUGAAAAAGCAAAUUCGUUAAUUAACCGAUUAAUGGAAGAAGGAGAUCUUUCAUCUUUAGGAGCCGUAGUUGUUGACGAACUUCAUCUACUUGGAGAUCCACAUCGCGGGUACUUGCUCGAAUUGCUGCUAACAAAACUGAAAUACAUGACUCUAAGGGAAGAGCAUGUGAAAAUCCAACUCAUUGGUAUGUCAGCUACACUUCCGAAUCUCUCGGUUUUAGCUGAAUGGUUGGAUGCAGAGCUUUUCAGCACAGAAUUCAGACCUGUUCCUCUGAAUGAGCAAUACAAGGUACGCACAACUAUAUAUGACAAUAAAUUCGUACCUGUAAGAGAGUUAGAUCCUUCACCUGAACUACCAAACGAUUCGGACAAUAUUCUUCAACUUUGCAUUGAAACCAUAUCGGAUGGACACAGUACAUUGAUAUUUUGUCCUACCAAAAACUGGUGUGAGAAACUAGCCCAUCAAGUUGCUGCAAUAUUCUUCAAGUUAGGUAGCGAAGAAACAACCCUGGGGAAAAUUCUUAGGAACCAAUUAGAUUCGAAUGCAAUAGAGGAAACACUAUCACAACUGAAAAGGUGCCCUGCUGGUUUGGAUGAUAUCUUGAAGAGCACGGUUUCAUUUGGUGUCGCAUUUCAUCAUGCAGGUCUUACCAUGGAUGAGCGCGACAUUAUUGAAUGCUCUUUCAGAACUGGAUCACUCAGAGUUCUCAUAGCCACGUCAACUUUGAGUAGUGGAGUCAAUCUACCAGCCCGAAGAGUAAUUAUCAGAUCGCUAAUGUUUCAUGGGAAAGUAAUCGAUACUUUAACAUAUAGACAGAUGAUUGGACGUGCUGGUCGAAUGGGAAAGGACACUGCAGGUGAAAGCAUAUUAAUAUGUAAGCCAAAUGAAAAAAAAGCAGCAGAAAGUUUAUUGUCAGCACCUUUAGAUCCAGUAGAAUCUUGUUUAGAAGGUUCGGGACCACUUAUUAGAGCACUUUUAGAAGCUGUGGCAAGUGAAGUUGCCUGUACACCUGUGGAUAUUAAUCUUUAUGGCAGAUGCAUGCUGGCUAGUUUCAAUCCCGAAAAUAACGUUGGUACUCAUACAAAAGAAGCUAUGGACUACUUAACUACGCAUGAAUUUAUUACAGUUCAAGAAACUAAAGAGAAAGAACAACGGUGGGUGGCAACAGCACUUGGCAAAGCCUGUCUUGCGUCAUCAGUUUCUCCCGGAGAGGGAUUAUUUUUGUUUGAAGAAUUACAAAGAGCAAGAAAAUGUUUCGUUCUUGAAACAGAAUUGCACAUUAUAUAUCUGGUGACUCCAUUUAAUUCUGGUAGUUUAACCAGUCAAAUAGAUUGGAUGAUAUUUUUUAACUUAUGGAAAUCUUUGUCCGAAUGUGAACGCAGAGUCGGACAAAUGGUAGGAAUUGAAGAGCGUUUCGUCAUGUCAGCUAUUCGUGGAAUUGCUAAGCAUGGAAAACAGCAAAAUAUACACAGAAGAUUCUUUACUGCAUUAGCCCUACAUGAUUUGGUCAGAGAGAUGCCAUUGACCACUGUGUCAGAAAAAUAUGGGUGCAGUCGAGGGGUUUUGCAAAGCUUACAACAAUCCGCUUCGACAUUUGCUGGAAUGGUGACACAAUUCUGUAAACAACUAGGAUGGGAUUGCAUGGAGUUGUUAUUUUGUCAGUUUCAAGCAAGAUUACAGUUUGGCGUUUGCAGAGAAUUAUUGGACUUGCUUCGUCUCCCAAUGCUCAAUGGUCUUCGUGCUAGAAGUCUUUACAAAGAGGGAAUUAAGUGUGUCGCGGAUCUAGCUACUGCUGACGAACUCUGUGUUGAACGUGCUUUACACAAAGCUUUACCUUUUGAAAGCGAAAAAGAACAAGAUGGUGAACACGUAUUAGAUGCUGCCAAGAGAAAUAAAGUACGAAGUAUUUUUGUUACUGGAAGAGAUGGUCUAACUCCAUACCAAGCAGCAGUCUUGUUGGUGCAAGAAGCACGUACUUUAGUGCAGCAUGAAUUAGGUGUCACAGAAGUACACUGGAAACAAGAUAAUGUGACUUCAAGAAACAAACUUGGAACAAUAUUAGACGAUAAGAGCAAUGCAUCGGCUAUUCAGGAUCAUUACAUUAAUCAAAUAAACAAUCAAAUUGCUAUGACUAUUCCGGCACCUAUUAGAACGGCAAGUUCAAUAGCAAACGAUGCUACUUCACAGGAUUGCACAGAGAAUAGUAAAACUAUAAAAGAUGUAUGGAAAUCUGACAAUGAUUCAGUGGAUGCAAUACAGCAAACGGAAAAUUGCGAAACUGGCAAUGUCGUGUCGACGGUUAUUUCUGACCUACAUUCACAUCGAAUAGAAUACAGGGAAAUUAAAAUGGAUGGCUCAAAAAUCACUCAUCAUAUCCGUAACGAAGAAAUUGAUUUACGAAACAAGUUACAGGGGGAAACAAUGCAGACGGAACUUAAUAAUCAUAAAAUAACGCGAGGAGAAAAGCAUGUGAAUGAAAUCGUUAAAAAUAAGCCCAAAUUCAGUCUUCUAGGCGCGAAACGAAAAAUACGAGCUAAAGAUAGCGUGACAUCGAUAUCCAGUGAUAAUUUUCAACAGAUUAUAAGUGAAACAGCGACUUUCGGUUCCCCAAAAUCUCUCAAAACACCAGAUAAUGAGCGGAGUAAGAGUAAAAUAUUGAAUAAUGGUCCAGAUGACACAAAAACCAACAUUACUGAAAGAAACUUACAGGAAAAUUGUGAGAAUAUUUGCAAUAAAAUCAGUGAAAAGUCCAGUCCUUCUAAGAUGGUUUUGCCAGAUUUCAAAUUGAGUAUUUCGCCAGUCGUUACCUUGGAGUGGUCAUCAUUUAAUGAAAAAAUGUCUAGUAAGCAGUCAAGUGAAGAAUUAGGAAAAAGCCUCAGACCAGAAUCAUUCUCAGAGCAAGGUAAAAAAGACCUCAGACUCAAUGAUGAAAAGAAAGUAUCACUUUCACGAAGUCCCAGUUUAUUUGGAGAUAGUUUAUAUUUGGAUUCGCAGUUCUGCAAUGAACUUGAAAAAAAUGUUUAUGGAUCCUUAGAUAUCACUAAAGUUAAAGGCACAGAAUGUUCUGCAAUUGAUAGUCCGUCCAUCAGUUUACAGAAGCCUAUUGCUGCAAUAGAAACUAAAGGAAAGACGCCAGAGAUAAUUGUGAAACAGACCAGUAGUUCUGAAGACAAAUUUUCAUCUAAUACAAAUGCCAUGCAAAAUCGUGCAGUUACUGAAAAUCCAGACUUGAAUAAUCAUAUUUUCAACAGUGAAGAAAUUAACUUCUCAUGGAACAGCACUACAUGGGAUCAUUUGAAGGAAUCGAAUAAUGCCUCAAAUUUAGAUUCUGGAAAAAAAAAAUUAAAUCUUCAAAUGACUUCUAAUGAUUUUGACAUCAGUGAUGAAAUAGCAGCAACACCAAUGAUGCAAAAUACUCGCUUGAAAUCCAUUUCCAUAAAAUCGAACACACAAAAUGUACGCAAUUUAAAACUUAUAGACAAUUCGGGAACUCGCAAACGUAAGUUUAACGAGACUCACUCUUUGAGUGAUAGUAGUCCAGUUCUCAACGUAUUGAAUCUCAGUCAUAAUCGGAGACUAUCCUUUGGAUCAAAUAAGUCAGAUUCAGACGAUCUAAUUGCAGCAUCACAGAAUUUGGAAUCUAUUAAGAAUACCACAAAAAGUAGAACCAGAAUAAAACUGGAAUCCUCAAAAAGAAUUAUGAUUAAUAAAAAGCAGCACAAUUCAACACUUACAAAGUGUAACGAGCAGUCAAAUGCCGUCAAAACCAAGAACAUCGAGUUGAUAAGAACCGGCAAUGCUAGCGCUAAAAAAGUUUUGUAUCAAGAGAAUUGUAGUACAGAUAGUGUUGUGUCGAAUUCAGAGGAGGAUUCUCCUAUCCAAAGAAUGCGAGCAACUCAAAACCUGCACAAAAGAACUGUGAAUUCGUCAUUUAUCGUUCAGAAGAUUGAAAACCUACGAAAAUGCAAAAAAAGGUGUUUAAGGUCUGACGUUAGGGAAGAACAAUUAAAUUCAGAGCAAACAGUGAAUUGGAAUGUCUUAGACAUCAUCAACGUAACUUUGAAUGACAAUAUAUUCAAAUUAUUCAGUAACGAAUUAAAGCAGAAGACUGAGAUUGCGAUAGCUUUGGCUCACAAUAAAUUUGUAAAUGAUACAAUUGGUAUUGGAAGUAAAUUAGUUUCCGGGUCGGCAAGCAGAAUGAAAAAUAAGUUUAAGAAAAAUGAAAGCUGUGUUUACUUAGACACAGUUGUCAACGGAGUUGCCAUUUCUUGGGGCAGAAAUGUUAUUUAUUGGAUCUCUUUUGAAAAUAGAAAAGAAGGAAGUAUUACAUUAAAAGACCGUCUGCAACUCUUACGAGACGUAUUCACAGAUUCAUCGGUAAAUGUACGCUGCUACGGAAGCAAGGAAGUAUACAAAAAACUUCAUCAAUGCUGUAAGAUUACCCCUAACUGUAGAUUCCUUGAUCCAAAAGUAGCAGAAUGGUUACUACAACCUGAGACUGACGAAAGCAACAUUUGCGACAUGGCUAAGAUGUAUUUUCCGCAAGGUGCUACUAUCUUACAACAUGCAAGUUCUUUAAAAAGCUCUGCUGGAACCAGUUCCGGAAAUGAUGAUUAUUUUUUUGAUAGACAUAAGGCUGCUGCAGUGGCAACUGUCACAUGGCAUGUUACGAGUAAGCUUAUUGAAGAGUUACACAAGCAGAGUCAAACAUUGUUAAAUACAUUUGAAGAUGUGGAAACCAAGGUGGUUUCAACACUGGCUCGUAUGGAACUAACAGGAAUAGGUCUAAAUCUUGAAUCACUUCAAGAGCUGUCAGCCGUUCUCCAGGAAGAAAUGUCAUCAUUGGAACAAAGAGCAUAUUCGUUAGCUGGGCGAAAGUUUAGUUUCACCUCCUCUAAAGAAGUGGCACAGGUUCUCGGGAUGUACAAGGGAGUUAAAGUCAGCACAAAUAAAGCCGUACUAGAAAAUUGCGAUAAUCCAAUAUCUAAACAAAUUAUGUCUUGGCGGAAACUUAAUACAACGCAGACAAAAAUGGUAUUUCCGUUAUUAAACCUGGCACAACAAGGUCCACGAGUUCGAGGGUGUUGUCUAACACGUACAGCCACUGGCCGUAUAUCAAUGCAUGAACCAAAUUUACAGAAUGUUCCAAGAGAUUUUAAUUCUGAAAAUAAUAGUUAUGUAAUUAGUAUGCGAAUGGCAUUUGUUCCCACCUGUGGAAAUAUCAUGUUAUCAGCAGAUUAUUGUCAACUUGAGCUGAGAAUAUUGGCACAUCUUUCAAAAGAUCCCGUCUUGUGUGAAAUAAUGAAAAAGGAUUCUGACAUUUUCAAGAACAUUGCUGCGCAGUGGAACUAUAUAACCAUAGAUGAGGUAGAUGAUGAUAUGCGUCAACGCACAAAACAGCUUUGUUAUGGAAUAAUUUAUGGCAUGGGUUCGAGGGCUUUGGCAAAGCAAUUAUCAGUUACUGAAUUAGAAGCAAGCAGGUUCAUGGAAAGUUUUAUGGGAACUUAUCCAAACGUGAAUAAUUGGCUUAAUCGGGUGAUAACCGAAAGCCGAGAAAAUGGAUAUGUAACGACUCUAAUGGAAAGGCGCAGAUUACUUCCGAGUCUAAAUAGUGAGAUAAAAAGUGAAAGAUCUCAAGCAGAGAGACAAGCAGUGAAUACAAAAAUUCAAGGUUCAGCAGCGGACUUGGCUAAAAAAGCUAUGGUUCUAAUAGAUGAAAGACUGCAGAAAGAGUAUUCAGGUACAUCUAGAGUCAUUUCAGAAAUGAAAACUAGAAAACUAAGGAGCAGCAAAGAUUCGCAGAAUAGAGGGGCCUACUUAGUUCUGCAACUACACGACGAACUCCUAUACGAGGUGAAUGCAGCAGAUCUUGAUCGUGUUGCAGCAAUAGUUAAAAUUUCAAUGGAAGAAGCAUAUCAGCUAACAAUUCCGUUGCCUGUUAAAAUCAAAGUUGGUCCGACGUGGGGCAGUCUAACAGAAUACACUGUUCAGAAGCCCAUAGAAUCAUCUGAAUGUAUUUUUUAAUUGUUGAAAAACUUUAUUUAUUUUAAUUUAUAUAUUUUUCGCUUUUGCGAAUUUUUAUAUGUUAAGAAUUUAAUUACGAAUAUUUUAUAAAUGAUCACAACUUUUAUAAGAUCCACUAAUUGUAAAUAUUAUUUAUGUCAAGUUCUCAAACUUUUGAAAUAGGUAAUUUAAGUGGUAUAUAUCUCAUAAAUUGUGUAGAAUUAAAAUAUUGAAUAAUAGUGGUAAGUUUAUAUGCAAAAUUCGUGUCAUUGCGAUGUAGAUGGAUCAAUUUUUGUACGCAGAAAAAAUCAUGAUAAAAAUUGAAUUGUUCAUUUUUAUACAACUAUUGUUAAUAACAAUUAUAUUUAAUGCAGCAUUUACUAAUCUUCAUAUUGCUGCUAUCACCGAAUCAACUUGUAUU